UGUGUGUGGAAACAGGCACCUGUUGUCGCAGGCAAACACAUGGACCAAACCUGAGAGCAGUGAGGAUCGCAGUAGUUGUGUCAUGCUACCCCCUUGUGGCUGCGUUAGGAAGUUGCAUGACUGUGACGUCAAGAGAGAAGAUAAAACAAGUCACGGAAACGUUUUGCUGCACACACUCCUGAUUGAUCGACACAACUGCGGCACCGUGUGAAAACAUCCGCCAAGAUGUGUUGCUCAAGUUUUCUCAAAAUGAUGAUGUUCAUCUUCAAUGGUGCCAUCUUUGUAGCAGGUGCUGCCGUCCUUGGAGUGGGCAUUUGGGUAAAGGUGGACAGCAACUCCUUCAUGGGACUCGUGGAUGGCGUGGAGGAACUUCCGUCGGAGAUUACCCAGGUGGCCAACGUGGGCUACCUACUGAUCGGCGUGGGUUCCGUGCUGGCGGUUAUCGGCUUCCUGGGUUGCUGCGGUGCCGUCAAGGAGAGCAAGUGCAUGCUGCUGACGUUCUUCAGUAUCGUGCUGAUCAUUUUCCUCAUUGAGGUCGCCGCUGCGGUGGUGGUGCUUGUUUUCAAGGACUUUGCAGAAGAUCUCUUUAACAGUCUCGAAACUGAAAUCCACAAGAGCCUCGUUACCAACUACGGAGAAGACGAGACCUUGACGUCACUGUGGAAUUCCACUAUGGCGGGGUUCCAGUGCUGUGGAUACAAGAACUACACGGAUUUCGACGGCUCCCCCUUCCAAGACAUGAAUGGAAACUUUUACCCACCACAGUGUUGCAACGGGACGUCAAUCGGCGAAGCGUGCAGCCAGUUGUCGGCGCAAAUCGCCGCAAACCUGCAGUUGGUGGAUGGCUGCCUCAACAAGCUGCUGCAGUUCAUUGAGGCAAACACGCCCAUCGUUGCAGGCGUGGCUCUCGGAAUCGCCGCUCUUGAGAUUGCUGCCAUGGUGGUUUCAAUGGUUCUCUACAAGGAUAUUGGCAAUAAAUGAUGAUCACUUUUUAUUUGAUGAAAACAGAUGAUAAUUAUUUAGCUUGUGUGUUGUUUCCAAUUAGUAAAGCUGGUUAGGCCAAAACUGACAAAAAAAAGCUAGCCUGUCCUUUCGGUUUGUGAGUGUCGGUGAUUGACAGGGAUUUAUUUGUGUUUCAAUGGCUGUCAGGAACUGCCAUUGUGCACAUGGAUUCAUUGAUCCUGUAAUAUUAAAAUAAUCAAAAACAAACAAAAAAAAUGCCAUACAUUGCCAAUGUGCUAAAUGUAUUUUUUUAUAUUUAAUCACUUUAAGAAAUAAAAGAGAACUUUCUUUUUCAGUUUGCACAUCGACUACGUUGACAUGUUGUCAGUAUUGUAAGGACAGAAUUUGGGUUUCUGAAAGUUUCGGAAUAACCCAUUCAAAUGCCUCAACGGACAGAAUCUCCUGAAUAAAACGGCGACGCACUUGAAACAUUUGAAGAUGCACAGCAUGAAAUGACAACAAUACUCGCAUAUUGUUCUUUUUUUCUACCUUGUUACAUUGUUGAUAAUUAUUUUGAGCAAUCUUUAAUGUGCUCAUUAAUCGUCAUGAAUUAUCAUUACUACACGCCUACAAUAUGUAAAAUCGUUAAAGCACUUUAAAACAUGUA